AAUUUAAAAAUUAUUAAUGAUUUGUAUUCCUAAUGUUUGAUCCAAAACUUGUCUAAAAUGACUUUUAAAUCCUAUAUAUACGGAGGGAGUAUAUCUUUUCUAUUUAUAUUGGACCAUAUAUAAGAGAAGAAAGUUGAGUGUAAUAGGAACCGACAGGUGAAAGAAGUGCUUCAAUGCGCAUGAAUGAUUGUCACAUAUAACGAAAAGGUACCUAUUCUUUCUCACUGUGAGCAAUCUGUCCAUUAGUGUACCAGCUCUUAGUUAUGUUUUAUUUUGCGGAUGAAAGGACUGUUGUAACCCUCUUGCCUUUCAAAGGUAGCAUGCGAUUCCUCUAGGCAACACCGCACCAUGAAAUAUGGCAUCUUUUGUCUGUUGUCUUUUAUGAACAAUACAAUUUGUUGUUGUGCGCAGUGUCAUAUUUUACUAUGCAUUAACAUGUAAAUUGAAGAAAAAACGGUAGGGCUAAUCCAAAGUCAUUGCCCUCGAAACCGCCUAGAUCCUACGAGCUAAUAGAAAAUUUGACCUACAAUCCUUCAUCUAUCCUUCUAAAGAAAAGUUUGUUUUGUUUGAAACUCCCAUUCAAACCGGAGGAGUAUGCCAUGCUAAUAUCACUCGGAUGAUCCAAAUUUUUUUUGCCAGGCAUCGACGAGCACAUUCAACUAGGCUGAGAGCCCUAUGUUCCUCACAAAAAGUUGCGGCCUUGUAUGGCCCACGGCUAUAGCUAGCAUGUGUUUUCACUUCGUCAGUUCACUUCUGGGCUUCCCGCCUUCCUUCCUUCCUUCAGUCCUUCUUCCUCUCGGUUAACGGCAACAAGCAGAGCAACCAGGAGGCGCGGAGAGCUCAACGUCGGCGAUCCCCUCCGCCGCCAUGGGGACGCUGGCCAGCGCCAUGCGGCGCGAGAACCACCGCCGGUCCAAGGCCCCGUCCUCCGCCCUCGCCUCGGGCACGGUCCCUCUCGUCAUGACCUUCCUCUCCUGCCUCGCCUGGCUCUACGUCGCCGGCCGAUUGUGGCAGGACGCGCAGACCCGGGCGAUCCUGUCCGCCGGCCUCCACGAGAAGAGCUCUGGCAGCGUGUCGAAGGUGCUCUCGGUGGAGGACAAGCUUAUUAGGAACCUCGGAUGCAAAGCGAUUGGAGGGAAAGUUGUUGAGGCGGAGAUGGACCUGGCCAGGGCCAAGACUGAGGGGUACCUGUGGGAGAACAGGACUGCAGCUGUCGACUCCGGCAAGAAGCAGAAGCUUCUUGCUGUCAUUGGUGUUUACACUGGGUUUGGCUCUCAUCGCAAGAGGAACGUCUUCCGUGGCUCCUGGAUGCCAAGAGGCGAUGCUCUGAAGAAGCUUGAGGAAAAGGGUGUAGUUAUUCGUUUUGUUAUUGGUCGGAGUGCAAAUCGAGGUGAUAGCUUGGACCGUAAUAUUGACGAUGAAAAUCAGCAGACAAAGGACUUCUUGCUUCUUGAAAGUCAUGAAGAGGUUACAGAAGAAUUACCGAGUAAAGCAAAGUUUUUCUUCAGUGCUGCAGUCGACACCUGGGAAGCAGAAUUCUAUGUCAAAGUUGAGGAUAACAUUAAUCUUGACUUAGCUGGGUUAAUUGAGAUGCUCGAAGGCCGUCGAGGUAGCCAAGGAUUGUAUAUGGGUUGUAUGAAAUCAGGGGUUGUCAUAAGUGAGAAGCUCAGAGCAAGAGUAAAUUUGACGAGGGUGCGCUUGACUCUUGGGUACCGACAAUGGUAUGAACCUGAUUGGUGGAAAUUCGGAGAUUCAAACACUUAUUUUCGACAUGCUUCUGGUUCUUUGUUUAUCCUCUCAAAAAAUUUGGCACGCUACAUCAACAUAAAUAGUGCGUCACUGCAGAGUUAUGCACAUGACGACAUAUCAGUAGGUUCAUGGAUGAUGGGGCUGAAUGCAACUUACGUGGACGACGACCGGUUGUGCUGUAGCAGUUCCAGACAAGAGAAAGUCUGUUCAAAUGCUUGAGUAGAGCAGAAGGCGUAGCUGUUGGCCUGUUGCUGCUAAGGAUGAAAACACAACAAAAAUAUUCUGAACCGAUUUUUUGUUUUCUAUAUUAUGAUAUCGUUUUUCAUAUUACAAUACUAUUUCUGAAUUUUGUUAAAACAUAAAAAUUUGUCAAUUUCAGUUGGUUUCGCAAUCAUUUUCAACCAUUUUUUAUACUCUUAAUUGCUAGAAUGUAGAAUUAUUCUGAACCGACCGCGUUCGUUUUCUAUAUUGUAAUUUCCUUUCCGACCGU